AUGGCUUCCACAAAAGCGGCCCGUCUGGGUGAGGAAGUAUGGAAGACGCGCGUAGACAAAGUCAGCGCCGAGCUGGUCACCCUGACCUAUGGCACCAUUGUCGUUCAGCUAUGUAAAGACUACGAAUACGACUACCCGGAGGUCAACAAGCAGCUGGAUAGGAUGGGCUACAACAUCGGACUACGGUUGAUCGAAGAGUUUCUGGCAAAGUCGAAUGCGCCGGCCUGUUCAAACUUCCGUGAAGUAGCCGAGAUGAUCUCCAAGGUCGGCUUCAAGAUGUUCCUCAACAUUACCCCGUCCAUCACCAACUGGUCAAGCGACAAUAAGCAGUUCUCGCUUGUGUUUGACGAGAAUCCCCUAGCCGAUUUCGUCGAGCUGCCGGACGAUGGUCGCGCGCAGGAUGAGCUAUGGUUCUCGAAUAUCCUUGUAGGCGUUUUGCGCGGCGCGUUGGAGAUGGUGCACAUGCAGGUAGAAGCACACUUCAUCAGCGACGUGCUCCGCGGAAAUGACACCACCGAGAUGCGGAUUUCUUUGGUCCGGUAUAUCGACGACGAGAUGCCCCCCGACGAUGAAUGAGCGAACAUGAUGCAAGGUCAGCAUAAAGGGUGGUGGAAUACCCCGUCCGAGGUUUGGACACACAUGGACUGGAGUCGAGGCAUGCAACUGGACUGAAGCGACAUGUGUGUUUUGGCGCACAUAUAUGAGAGACGACUCAGGCUACCGCUGUGGUAGCCUUAGUGAAUACUGCUGAGGUAGUCUCCGUCUCAGCGCGUGGUGAUGUGCGCUUCAGCGCGGCUGGGUUGCGGUGUCGGACCUGGAUUUCCAUCCCAUCAGAUCUAUAUUCACAUCAGCUCGUGAGCUCAGUGAUUGCACAGAGAUCAUCUGACUUGAGGCGGGCACUGCGGCGUUUGGCUCACAGCUUGUCGACUAUAUUUGUUGCAGACCUGUACAGAUUGAAGGUUGUUGACGUGCACAUGUCUGCAAACAGGAAUCAUGUUGCGUCGCCGACCG